GCAGGAUGCUUGCUGGCGCCCGCUGCCACCUCCGGGCCUCGGUAGCACCCGCCGCGGUCCUGGCUGCGGCGCUGCUCUCGUCGUUCGCGCGCUGCUCUCUCCCGGGGCGCGGCGACCCGGCGGCUUCGGUGCUCAGUCCCUACUUCGGCACGAAGACUCGCUACGAAGAUGUCAACCCCUGGCUGCUGGGCGACCCGGUGGCGCCGCGGCGGGACCCGGAGCUGCUGGCGGGGACCUGCACCCCGGUGCAGCUGGUCGCCCUCAUCCGUCACGGCACCCGCUACCCGACGACCAAGCAGAUCCGCAAGCUGAGACAGCUGCAGGGGCUGCUGCAGACCCGCGGACCCGGGGACCGCGGCAGCGGAGUGGCUGCCGCGCUGGUAGAGUGGCCGCUGUGGUACGAUGACUGGAUGGACGGGCAGCUGGUGGAGAAGGGGCGGCAGGACAUGCGACAGCUGGCACUGCGCCUGGCCACCCUCUUCCCAGACCUCUUCAGCCGGGAGAACUACGGCCGCCUGCGGCUGGUCACCAGCUCCAAGCACCGCUGUGUGGACAGCAGCGCCGCCUUCCUCCAAGGGCUUUGGCAACACUACCACCCAGGACUGCCACUGCCCGACGUCUCAGAUAUGGAGUGUGACCCUCCAAGAAUUAAUGAUAAACUAAUGAGGUUCUUCGAUCAUUGUGAGAAGUUUUUAACUGAGGUGGAAAGAAAUGAUUCGGCUCUUUAUCAUGUAGAAGCCUUCAAAACUGGACCUGAAAUGCAGACGCUUUUAAACAAAGUUGCAAAUACUUUACAGUUGCCAGUGAGCAGUUUAAAUGCAGACUUAAUUCAGGUAGCUUUUUUCACCUGUUCAUUUGACCUGGCAAUUAAAGGUGUCCACUCUCCCUGGUGUGAUGUGUUUGAUGUAGAGGAUGCAAAGGUCCUGGAAUAUUUAAACGAUCUAAAACAGUAUUGGAAACGAAGUUAUGGCUAUACCAUUAACAGCCGUUCAAGCUGUACCCUGUUUCAGGAUAUCUUUCUGCACCUGGACAAGGCAGUCGAGCAGAAGCAAAGGUCUCAGCCGGUUUCUUCUCCCGUCAUCCUCCAGUUUGGUCAUGCAGAGACCCUCCUGCCCCUGCUCUCACUCAUGGGCUACUUCAAAGACAGGGAGCCCCUGACAGCGUAUAAUUUUAAGGAGCAAGUCCAUCGCCAGUUCCGAAGUGGUCGCAUCGUACCCUAUGCCGCAAACCUAAUAUUUGUGCUUUACCAUUGUGAAAACGCCAAGACGCCUCAAGAAGAAUUCCAAGUACAGAUGCUGCUGAACGAAAAAGUGUUACCAUUGGCCCACUCACAAGAAACCGUUGCUUUGUAUGAGGAUCUGAAGAACCACUACAGGGACAUUCUUCAGAACUGUCAAACCAGUAAAGAAUGUCAUUUACCCAAGGUGAACAUCACAUCCGAUGAGCUCUGAGAGCCUGGGGACAGUCUCAGUUCCACAGUGCUUUCCUGAGGGGUGAUUGUGUUUGCAAUAGGUAGGCAACUUCUUGAUUGAAAAAGCUUUCAAGGCCUUGGUGUGAUGGCGCACAGCUUUAAUCCUAGCACUCUGGAGACAGGCAAGAGGAUCUCUGUAAGUUCAAGGCUAGCCUGAUCUACAUAGUGAGUUCCUGGCCAGCCAAGGCUACAUAGAGAAAUAGCCAUAGAUUGCUUGGUACUUCUGUCUUUUCACAGAAAAUAAUAGUUUCUUUUAGGACCUGGACAUACGGGUAAGACAUGACUUUCCCUGGAGCAGCUCGCUUCAGGGCCAAAACCAAUUCAAGGAAACAGCAGCCCAGCAAGUGUGUGCAGAGCUGAAAUUGCCCUACCUUAACCUAAGAAACUCACUGGGCUAGACCAUUAUUAGAAAGUGACACUUGAGAAAUGUUGGAUACCAAAGCAUAGUGUCAGCUGGAUGAUCUGUAAUUGAUUGAAUAAGUCAGGGACUUCAGUGAUCAUGUUGAUUCCUUCCUUCCCGUUCAUGUACGAACCUGCUAGCACAAAUGACAUCACUUAGUCAUGAGCGUGGUAAAGUGGGAGUGAGCCUGACUUCAGAAGAAAGUCUAAUAUAAUAUCCAUAGAGAGGGAAUUUGACUUGAUACUAAGAACCAGGCUGAAGCAAGACUGAAGUGUGGGAUAUUUGUGUUAAUAUUAUUUAUAAAAAUAUUUAAACACUUAAUCAGUAAUUUCCUUCAGCCUCCAAGUGGGUCUCGCAGGCUCAUCUUGAUUCCAUCAGGCCUGUCUUGGGUGUGUAGUGAUGAUGGCGGGCACAGUAGGCAGACAGAUGCCAGGGUUUCUCACGUCUAUUGCCUGCUGUCUUUUUCUUUCCAUUCUGGCUUUCUUUUUUGUACUUUGUUAUUACAUAAAGUGUAUCUUUUGGUGGUUUGGAUUUUUCUUUUUUUAAAUAAAGACUAUUCUGGAUGAUUUAAUUGUAGAAAGUCAAACCUGUUUCACAGAAUUCUGAGUUCUCUCAAAUGACAUGAAAGUGUUUGCUACAAUAAAUAGAGUUUCUGUGACUUUA